AACCGGGCAUCAGGUGGGGAAAAGUAAAGGGGGUGUUUCAAACGGUCACUCCAAACCUUCUUACAGAACACGGGCCGCCACGGGCAAAGUUAAACCUGCUAAGUACAUGCCUGAUGAAAGUAGCUCAUUAGUGUCUAAAUCAGAAUCAAACUCUGCAACCACAUCAUCAACCACGUCGCCUAGAGGCAGAACAUCAUCAUCAGAUAGCAGUAGUAGCAACAACAACAGUGGAAGCGGCACUGAUGACCACGAUGAUGAAGAUGACAAACAGCACAGUGACUAUGUGAACUCAUCCAGAUCUUCCAAACGUGGAGCAGCAAAACCGGCCACCAGGUCAAUCCAGAAACAAGUAGAAAUAGUGCGCCAUAGUGCGAGAGAACGGCGGAAAGUUCAAGACAAUAUUUUUGUGUACGAACAACAAAGAAAAUCCAGAAUCAAGACCAGAAACCAAGGGAGGAGGACAGUGCAGUAUCAAGAAGAUGAGAGUGACAAUGAGCGAGCAAAUGGUCGGAAUGGAAUGGUGGAUUCCGACUCGGACUCAGACUCAAGUGAAAACCAGUCAUCUCCAGACAUGACCACUACGAAAGUAGUAGGGUCGAUAACGGAAACUUACAAUCCGGCGGCCAGAGCUAGUCUGAUGGGAGACUGA